UACAGUGUUGCUAGUUCAAGCAGACGCAGCGCAGAGUGCAUUACUGUACGGGACACAGACUGUGCAGCUCGUCUUCUGCGCAUUUCACGGCUGGAUGUGGAACAAGAUGAUUAAGUUUUUAUUUACGCUACUUUUCUGUCUCCUUUCAUCAGCUGAGAAACAUUUUCUGAAGUUUUACUACUCUGGAUCUUCGGGUCUCCCCCACUCCUCUCAGUCUGAGGUUGUUGCGGAAAUUGACGGAUCUCUCAUCGCUUAUUGCAACCAGACAGAGUUUAAAAUACAUGACUGGGUGAAGAAAGGUUUGGAUGACGAUGUGGAACUGCUCACUUUUUUCAAGAUGAUGUGUUCUCACACUCUACCGAACACAAUUCAGGCCAGGAUUUCUGAUUUGAAGCAAAGAUUCAAAGAGCCUGAAGGUGUCCAUGUAUUCCAGUGGAUUGAUUCCUGUGGCUGGGAUACAGAGACUGGAGAGCUUACUGGUUUUUUGCAGUAUGGUUAUAAUGGAGAAGACUUCAUUGCUCUGGACUUCAAGAGGCUGUCAUGGAUUGCUCUAAAACAACAAGCCAUCCCCACCAAACUGGCCUGGGACACUGACAGAGCUAGAUUGGACUAUAAUAAGAUAUUCUUCUCACAGUUGUGCCCUGGUUGGCUGAAGAGAUCUUUGGACUAUGGGAGAAACUUUCUGAUGAGAACAGAGCUUCCCUCACUGUCUCUUCUGCAGAGGUCUCCCUCUGCUCCAGUCCUCUGCCAGGCUACAGGUUUCUAUCCUGAAAAAGCUAGGCUGUUCUGGAGGAAAGAUGGAGAGGAGAUCCAUCAGUUCAUGAACCAUGAGGAGAUCCUUCCCAACAACGAUGGGACCUUCCAGAUGAGUGCUGACCUGAAUGUUUCCUCAGUCAGUGCUGCAGACUGGUGGAGAUAUGACUGUGUUUUCCAGCUCCUUGACACUGAAGACAAAAUCAUCCUCAGACUGGAUGAAGCAGUGAUUAAAACCAACAAGAUGAAUCCUAGUAACAUUGCCGUCUUCACCACCAUCGCUGGAAUGUUUAUUUGUGCUUUGAUUGCCCUGGGUGUCACAUAUCUAUCCCGUAAAAAGAAAAAAGCUCUUGACAGAGACUCUGAUGUCUCUGAGAAGCAGAACCUAAAGAACUGAACCUACAACUCAAGAAGUGGAUUUACUUUUUUUAAAAAUUCAUCUUUUUCUUGGCUUUCUUGUGUAGCUUAAAUUAAUUGUAAAUGGUGAAUAAUCUCUACUUGUAUAGCUGAGCAAAGACCAGAGACUGGGGUCCACUGAAUUUUACAAUCCUAAUUAUAAUUUACUAAGUCUAAGAAGCCAAGUAGUCAUCUUUUGAUGUAGAAAUAUUUAUGAAUAUCAGUACAAGUUUUGUCUUUACUGAGGGAGUUUAUUACCAUUUUUGUAGGACACUUUAAUGCACUUGUUAAUAAUCGUGUUACUGUUGCUUAAACUUAUAUUUCAGAUUAUAAAAUUGUUAAUUUACUUUAUAAAAAUGUUAAUUUGUGAGGCUACAAAUAGUUUGUAUUGUAGUGUUAUACUUCUGACGUUUUAUAGCUAACACUAAUCCUGUUGGGGGGGGGGGGGGGGGGGGAAACAUUUAAAAAAUGUUUGUUCUGAAGACUUAGAAAUUUUAUAAUUUUUUCAGUUUUUAUUGCAAUGAGAAUGUAUGUUUGUUUAUGCUUUGUUGUGCUCUUAUCUCCCCAAACUGGUCCUUUUUCUAUUUAAAUUCACAACAAAACAUCCCUAAAAAAUAUAUAUUUAAAAAAAACCUUGGAUGUUGAA